CCAUCCGGACUACACGCGCCGGGAAAACAGAGCCGGAAGGUGGGCGCGGGUCGAGCCCUGCAGUUGCCGGGGCUGAAUUCGGACGAGCGAGACGCCACCCCCGUGAGAACCUGGCGGCGAGGUGACCAAAGCCACAUAAUGUCCGUAGUUCGUUCAUCCGUCCAUGCCAAAUGGAUCGUGGGGAAGGUGAUUGGAACAGCAAUGCAAAAAACAGCUAAAGUGAGAGUGACCAGACUUGUUUUGGAUCCCUAUUUAUUAAAGUAUUUUAAUAAGCGUAAAACCUACUUUGCUCACGAUGCUCUUCAGCAGUGCACAGUUGGGGAUAUUGUGCUUCUCAAAGCUCUACCUGUUCCACGAGCAAAGCAUGUGAAACAUGAACUGGCCGAGAUCAUUUUCAAAGUUGGACAAGUUAUAGAUCCAGUGACCGGAAAACCCUGUGCAGGAACUACCUACCUGGAAAGCCCAGUCAGCUUGGAAACCACCUGCCUAACCAAAAAUCUGGAAGAACUCAGUAGCUCUUCAGCACAGUGAAGGAGGAUUGGAAGAAGGAGCCAAAGGGAUUUAUAAGUUUGCUUUAUGGAAAAAAGAAAUUUUUCUAAGUUUCAUAACAAAGUGUCCAAUUUCUCUUCCGGUAUUUAUGGAAUAGCUAAAGGUAAAUGAAGUAAAGGCCUUGUUAAAUUCUCAUAAAAGGUUAAGGUCAUGUUUUCAAUUUCCUUUUCAUUGAAUAUACUUUCCUCUUACAGUAAGUGUGCCUAGCAAUCCCCUGCAUUGUUUUGUAAGCUGUUUUAGAAGGUGUAUUUUUUUUUUCAUUCAAAGGAAUCUUGAAUUUAUCUUAGAAUCUUUAUUUGGGGAGGAAAAAUCUUUUGAUAUAAAACAGAUAAGACUGCAUUAAGUGAAUAUUUAUUUUUGGUGGCAUAUAUUCGAAAAUAAAUUUUUUUCUCUGAUUUAACCAGUUACAAAUCGAAAUAAUCAGCAGUCUGAUUGGGGUCAGACUUUAUCAGAUUAAAGUCUGUAUUAUGAAUGUUGACACAUAGAAAAUAAAACUUGAAAAUUCACUUUUCUUUUAUCCUGUAUUCUAGCAUAGAUUAGAUAGGACUGAUUUCAUAAA